CACAGAGGGAAUUUUUCAAAUCGAGAAGAAGCGCUCUGUGUUCAUAGGAGAGGAGUUUAACAACACACACAAUGCAGAGACCAAACAAAGGGAAGACUCCUCGGAGGCCUGGCCCCAAAAAGGCAUCCAACAUAGACAAAGAUCCUGUGGGAGUAUACUGCCGUAUACGUCCACUUGGAGCAGAAGAUGAGGAAUGUUGUGUUGAGAUGAUCAGCAGCUCCACUAUCCAGCUACAUGCUCCUGAUGGCCUCAAAGCCAACCGCAAUGGAGAAUACAAAGAGACACAGUACUCCUUUAAAAAAGUAUUUGGUAUUAAUACCACUCAAAUGGAGCUGUUUGAGGAUGUUGCCAAGCCCCUGAUAGAGGACCUUAUUCAUUGUAAGAAUGGACUGCUAUUUACAUAUGGUGUUACUGGAAGUGGUAAGACCUUCACCAUGACCGGCUCACCUGGGGAAGGUGGACUCCUCCCUCGUUCUCUGGAUAUGCUCUUCAACAGCAUCGGCCCCUUUCAGGCCAAAAGAUUUGUGUUUAAGCCAGAUGAAAAAAAUGGGAUGGAGAUCCAGGAUCAAGUUGAUGCUCUCCUGGAGAGACAGAAGCGAGACAGUCAGCAGUCUGUGCCCAAAACGCCGUCCUCCAGGCAGAGGCCGGACCCAGAGUUUGCAGAUAUGAUCAGCACAGAGGAGGCAUGUAAAUCUGAGAAUGUGGAUGAAGACUGCUGUUACAGCGUUUUUGUGUCCUACAUUGAGAUCUACAACAACUACAUCUAUGAUCUCCUUGAAGAUGCUCCAUUUGACCCAAUCAGACCAAAAGUGCCUCAAUCUAAGAUUCUCCGUGAAGAUCAGAAUCAUAACAUGUACGUGGCUGGCUGCACAGAAGUUGAGGUCAAAUCUACAGAGGAGGCUUUUGAAGUCUUUUGGAAGGGGCAAAAGAAAAGGAGGAUAGCCAACACUGAACUGAACCGUGAAUCCAGUCGUUCCCACAGUGUGUUCACAGUAAAGUUGGCCCAGGCACCACUGGACGCUGAUGGUGACCACAUUCUACAGGAUAAAAACCAGGUGAAUGUGAGUCAGCUGUGUCUGGUUGACCUGGCAGGCAGCGAGCGCACCAGCAGAACCAGAGCAGAAGGAAACCGCCUCCGUGAAGCAGGCAAUAUUAACCAGUCCUUGAUGACACUGCGCACAUGCAUGGAGGUCCUGCGUGAAAACCAGAUGUGUGGAACUAAUAAGAUGGUGCCUUACAGGGACUCUAAAGUUACACAUCUGUUUAAAAACUACUUUGAUGGAGAAGGGAAAGUCAGGAUGAUCGUGUGUGUCAACCCAAAGGCUGAUGAUUACGACGAAACCAUGCUGGUGAUGCGCUUUGCAGAGAUGACCCAGGAGGUGGAGGUGGCACGACCGGUUGACCGGCCAAUCUGUGGCCUUGCUGCUGGGCGCAGACACAGAAACCGGGCCUUCAAGGAUGAACUGUCACGCCGUCUGGAAGAGCGAGGCGGUCCCAGUAAUGCUGAUGACCCGGCUUUGCUGAGUCAGCUCAUUGAAAGCCUCCCAGCCAUGCCUCGUUGUGAGCUGGUGGACCCAGCUGAUGAUCAGACGUUGUCCCGCCUGAUUGAGGUCCUGGAGAGGAGGCAGCGUGUCCGUAAUAUGAUGACAGAGCAGUUCAACAAAACUGCCAACACACUGAAGUCCAUGCUUCAGCAGUUUGACAGUCAGCUCAGUGCAAAGGACACGUUCCUCCAUGAUCAACGGAGCAAACUGAGCGAGAGGGACCGAGUCAUCAUGAGCCAGAAGGCGGAGCUAGAACGAUUAGAGAAAAAAUCCAAAACGCUGGAAUACAAGAUUGAUAUCCUGCAGAAGACAACAGGCAUGUAUGAGCAGGACAAACGCUCACUUCAGCAGGAGCUCGAGACGCGGGAGCAGCGGCUACAGAGAGAGCUGUCAGAGAGGAGGCGCAUGGAGCAUCGCAUGCAGGGCAUGGUGACAGACACCAAACUCAAGUGGGAGAAGGAGUGUGAGAGGAGAGUGAACGCCAAGCAGCUGGAGAUGCAGAACAAGUUGUGGGUGAAGGAUGAAAAGUUGAAGCAGCUCAAGGCCAUCGUGACGGAGAGCAGCAGCAGCGGCAGCGUGUUUCCCACUGAGCGUCCAGAGAAGCCUGAGAGACCUUCGAGGGAGCGAGACCGCAACUAUGGCCAGAAGAGAUCUGCCUCACCAUCGCCACUUCCUGACUGCAGCCAAACUCCUACCCACCAUAAUCGAGCCAAUGUUAGGGCAGUUAAGGAUGCUUACCCCACCUCCACCACCUCCUCUUCCUCCUCAGCCUUUCCCUCAGUAGCCUCCUGCAUCUCUAAUUGGGAGCAAAGGCUCCCUGUAGACUCAAGCAGCCAAGCUAGGCACCCUGGGACUCCCCAGUACAGGAGCCGGACUCCUGCCUCAGGCCUCAUCACCAGCAGCGUGGGCAGCAGGAGAGGCCAGUGUUGGGUCGCAGAGACUGAGGCCCCUGCUACAACUCUUGUCAAUGGGCUUAACCUAGAGGCAGGCACAAGGACGGCCCCUCCAGUUCAUCCAACGCACAGGCGCUCACACUCUGCGGGUGGGGAGAAAUGGGUAGACCACAAACCAGCUUCUAAUUUGGAUCUAGACACUGUCAUGCAGCCAAUCAUACCCAAUGCAAUCAAGGUGUCGACCCCGAACGAGAAAGCUCUGUCUAAAUGUCACAAGUAUGUACUUAGACAUCAAGAGCUUGCCUCAGACGGGGAGAUAGAGACCAAAUUGAUCAAGGGCAAUGUGUUUAAGACCAGAGGCGGAGGACAAGCUGUUCAGUUCACUGACAUUGAGACACUAAAACAAGAGUGUGCAGCAGCAUCAAGUCGUAAGAGGCGAUCAGGGUCUGGAGAAGGACCAGCUCAUAUGGAGGAUGUAGAAAACAGGGCUCCGGUGGCAAACACAAGUACAGUCCUCGGGUAUCCAAAACGCAGGAAGCCUUAAGACGCUGAACAUAUGAAGGAACUAUCUUUUUGAAAACAUGCAGCAAGACUUUGUGGAGCAGUGAAGGGACCGCCGUGUGGAACUAUGCAUCUUUUUGAGAGUCGGGGCAUUUUUUUCUAUCAUGACUUAUCUUAUAACUAAUUAGGGUGCAAUUCUAAUUUAAUCAUAGUCGAACACAGCAUAGAAUAUUUGGAUUGUUAUUUGCUUGAUUAGUGUGCUGUUUCCUUUUUGAGUGCUUGAAUAAGACGAGGACAUGUUGAGUAGCCAAAUAUGAAUGUUUUGUGCUAAAUUUAAUAUUUUAUUACUUAACCUUUUCACUGCCUUUUUACUGCUACCCAAAGAUUAGAAUAUUUUUUUUACUUUAUAAUGUCAUUGCUUUUCUCUGUGUGUUAUACAUUUAUUGGAUGUCACACUGAGCAUAUGUUGGAUUACAAAAAAUAGAGUCCAGAACACAGUUGUCGCAGAGUUAAAAUGUGUAGACCUGUAAAUAUCGAGCUGCUAAGUAGGUUUUGCUGAAAUCAAGCUCUGACUUUCUGUAAAUAUUAAGCUUUUUGCAUUUGUUUAUUGAAACAACUGAGAUGUGUAGCACACUACUCUUUUUGCUGUCAUUAAAUUUAUUUGAACACCAA